UGUGAUCUGAGCUUGGAAGGCAGAUGAAAUGCCAGGUCUGCUCUGCCUCUGGGGACAACCAGGCUGCCUGAUAAUGGGAACCAACACUCGCUCGGCUCGGGGGCAAUAAUAUCCAAUUCAGCAUCAGGAAAACAAAGAGCCACACCUUGGUUUUUUUCCCUCCCCUCUAUCUGCUGCUCUAGUGUGAUCUGGCUGCUCUGUGGUCCACCUUCAUGUGGAGAAAGAGACUGCUGGUGGGCUCUGACGCUCCCCUGCCCUCCUCCUCCUCCUCCUCCUCCUCAUCAUCAUCAUCAUCCAUCCUCUCUGGAACAGGUUGAUCAUUUUGACACUCCUGCCCAUUUUUGCGCCAAAGAGCUGCUUUUGUCGGAUUCUGACUCCUCCAUGUACGAUAACUUGUACCUACAUGGAUUUGAAGACUCAGAGGCGGGCUCAGCUGACUCGUACACAAGCCGACCGUCUGACUCGGAUGUGUCCCUUGAGGAGGAGAAGGAGGGCGGCCGGCAGGAGAGGGAGCAGCAGGCCACAGUUCAGCUCGAGAGGGCUAAGACUAAAGCAGUGGCGUUCGCUGUGAGGACAAAUGUCAGCUACUGUGGCGCUCUGGAUGAGGAUGUUCCUGUGGCCGGCACUGCUGUCAACUUUGAUGCCAAGGACUUCCUCCACAUCAAAGAGAAGUACAACAACGACUGGUGGAUCGGCCGUCUGGUGAAAGAAGGAUGCGACAUCGGCUUCAUCCCGAGCCCUCUGAAGCUGGAAAACAUCCGACUCCAGCAGGAGCAGAAGAGAGGACGCUUCCACGGCAACAAGUCAAGUGGGAACUCUACGUCCAGUCUGGGAGACAUGGUGUCGGGAACAUUUAAGCCAAAUCCAAACUCUGCAGGAAAGCAGAAACAGAAAGUGGCUGAGCACGUCCCUCCCUAUGACGUGGUUCCCUCCAUGAGGCCGGUUGUCCUGGUGGGACCGUCUCUGAAAGGUUAUGAGGUGACAGAUAUGAUGCAGAAGGCGCUGUUUGACUUCCUGAAACACAGGUUUGACGGGAGGAUAUCCAUCACAAGGGUAACAGCUGACAUAUCGUUGGCCAAGAGGUCAGUACUAAACAACCCCAGUAAGAGGGCCAUCAUUGAGAGAUCCAACACCCGCUCCAGCCUUGCGGAGGUCCAGAGUGAAAUAGAAAGGAUCUUUGAGCUGGCCAGGUCUCUGCAGCUGGUCGUGUUGGAUGCAGACACCAUUAACCAUCCAGCACAGCUCAUCAAGACCUCAUUAGCACCAAUUAUCGUCCAUGUUAAAGUGUCCUCGCCUAAGGUACUCCAGCGCCUGAUCAAAUCAAGAGGGAAAUCUCAAAGCAAACACUUGAACGUGCAGCUUGUUGCGGCGGAAAAACUAUCGCAGUGUCCUACUGAGAUGUUUGAUAUCAUCCUGGAUGAGAACCAGCUGGAGGAUGCCUGUGAACACCUGGCAGAGUACCUGGAGGCAUACUGGCGUGCUACACACACUUCACUAAGCACACCACUCAACCCCCUGCUGGGACGCAAUCUGGGCUCCACAGCGCUCUCCCCAUAUCCUGCUGCCAUUCAGGCCCAAAGAAACCGCAACAGCAACCACACAACAACAGACCACUCCCCCAUUGAACGCCGCAGCCUGAUGCCUGCCGACGAGAACUACCACAAUGAACGCGCGCGGAAGAAUCGCAACCGUCUGUCCUCUGGCUCUCAGCAUAGCCGAGACCACUCCCCUCUGGUAGAGGAAGACUACCAGGACCCCUACCAGGAUUCAUACAAGCCUCAUCGUAACCGGGGCUCCCCAGGCGGCUACAACCACGACUCCAGGCAGCGGCUCUGAGCGCUGGCUGUGUGUAAACUAAGUUUAGACCUGUCUUUCUCUUACCAACCACUAUGAACACAAGAGUCAAGGCUGUUUGCUGUAACAUGAAGAAAACUACUACACUCAUUUGGACUGUAACAACCUUGUAUUGAUGUGUAGUACCUUUUUUCCCUCUGGCCUUGGCUCGUGACAAAUGAGCAUAUAAACCUAAAGAAUAAGAAUCCUGCUUCUUGCUUUGAUGUGAAACAAGGGAAGGGACUGGAUCUGAAAGUAGCACAAGAUUAGAAAAGUUUGAAAGGGAGGACUAAGGCUGGACCUGAUUUAAAUAUUCCCCAGACAUGGCCUGCGAGCUCAGUACAUGAGCAGGCGUUCGAUAUAGGCCCUUCUGGACCCUCCCUGCCAUCUCAGCUGUUACUGUAGCAUGCAGGUAUAGGACUGUACAGCUCACUACAGCAAGAGCAUCCAGCGGUGAUGAGGAGCACAGAACCUGUUUGCACGCGUCCAGGAGUUGCUAGAAGCAGAAUAUAAUGCAUUUUUAAUGCUCCUCAAGUUUGUUUGCCACUGUCCUCGAUGUGAGUGUAAUAAAUCCUGUGGAAGCCUGUUCCCGAAUCCAGAGUUUAACACGUUUGCUUUUGAACAUGGAUGGUGUUUUGUUCUCUUCAGGGUUCAUACUGUAGCUCUUUGUGUCCUCUUUUAGUGAUUUCUUAAUUCCAUUUUUUCUCAUAAACCAUUUUAAGACGGAAAUAAAAAAAUCAUGUGGAACCUCAGGAAAGAGGUUUUUUUUAUUUCUUUAUGCCACAUUUGUCAGUAUCCAUAUCAAGAUAAAUACAAAUAUAUUGAUAAGAAUCUAUGAGAUAUUAAUAUAUUUGAAAACACCAAACCUCAGGAAUGAGAGGUAAUUUAGAUGACAUAUACGUUUUCUGACAAAUGUAGCGUUUAUGUUCCUAGCUAACAGGGAACUUUGAUUACUGAUUAUGUUUUAGGUGUCCCAAAAAGAAAGACAACACAAGUAAGGUCUUAUCAGUAUGUUUUUUCAUAUAUAUUCCAUACAUUUAUCAACUGCUGUUAUCUGUUUUAUGCUUGGCAGGGCAUUUUUUCUGAGUAAGACAAUUGGGAGAGAGACUGAUAUUUGAGGGCUUCCAUGUGUAAAUACAGACAUAAUAAUCAAAGGGAAGAGUCUAUAGUAUAUGAUAAGAUAAAACAUUCCUGUUGUUUCUUCUGUCAAAACCUUUCAAAAACGUUCCAGCACUAGGAAAACAACAUAAAAUUCCUCUGUCAUAUUUUAUUAUUACAGAUUUUAUGAAAAGAAAUUGACAUAUUUUCUUUGAGUAGCAAUCUUAACAGACCCCUUUCUGUUACACCCUAACAGAGGGGGCAGCUAACCCUUUCAGCUACAGCUUUGUCACUGUAUAAAUCUGAGUUUCAUUAAAGACUCUUAAUGAAUGAUGUGAAAGCACUUAGGUAGGACUGCACUGCAUUUGUCAAAAUGUCUUUUACAUGUACUUUUUCUGGAAAUUUAGAGCGUUUUCCAAAACUUUUAAUCAAAUAGACUUGCAUAUGCUGCCAAAAUAAAAGACAUGAUUGAUAUAUCAGAAACUUUUAAACAACAUAUCCUUGAAUCAUGUGAUUAAAAUGGUCGUUUUUGUUUCCUUUCCGUUUAUAGUUGUGCUUCAGUGACUCUGGAAAACAGGGUUCGACAUGGAGACUUCUGAUAUGCCAUAAUCAGUAGCUUUUACUGUUGUUGUUUUCAAUCUCUGGAGCAACAAUUUAAAAUAAGAGUUAAAUACUGCCUGUGAGAGAAUGAUGCAUUGAUUAGAAGUCUGUGUGCACUGUCAUUUUACAAUUGUAAUGAAAUAAACUGCCCUUAUGCUGUUA